AGCUACUUCUGAAACUACAGUCAAGUAAAUACGCUAGAACGCUAAACAAUGGACAUCCAUAGUCUCAAUAGUCUGAGAGAUAGUUAUCGUAUGGCUGCAACCAACAUGAGAAUCGAGGAACUAUGUCACAUAGUUAAUGGUAUCAACAGUGGUGAUGAAAACAUGGAAAUGACUGCAACCUACGCUGCACGUCAAUUCCUCAGCUGGUAUCCCAGAUCGGAUACCAUGGGUUAUUCACACAUUGUCAGCUUCAUCAAUGCCAAUGUUGUUCCAAAGCUGAUAGAAUUCUUGAGUCGUGUCAAGAACCCUGAUCUUCAGUUUGAGUCAGCCUGGGUCCUCGGCAACAUUGCAUCAGGCACAUCUGAUCAUACCAAAGCUGUCGUCAGUGCUGGGGCUGUUGCUGGACUCAUUUGUUUGUUGGGUUCACCUCAUUCAGUUGUGGCCAACGAAGCUGUCUGGGCUCUCGGUAACAUCGCCGUAGACGGACCAGAGCUUCGAGAUUACGUCAUCGAGCAAGGCUUAAUUAAUCAUUUGAUCACCUUGAUUAAACCCGAUGCACCAGUUAGGUUAUUGCGUAACGUCACUUGGACUUUGUCCAACUUGUGUCGCCACAAGAUCCCUCCACCCAGUGUCCCUGCCGUCCGACAACUUCUUCCCGCCUUGGCCCACCUGAUCCACAACAACGACAAAGAGAUUCUCGUCAACGCUUGCUCGGCUCUGUCUUACCUCACUGAUAGCCCAAACGAACUUAUUCAAGAAGUUGUUGACGCCGGAAUCGUCCCUCAGCUCAUCACUUUGCUGUACAACACUAUAGUGGCCGUCAUUUCCGCCACUCUAAGGACCGUGUCUAAGAUUGCUGCUGGCAAUGCCAUCCAGAUCCAAGCUCUCAUCACCAACAACGUUGUUCGUCCGUUGAUGGACGUGCUGGGCAAAGGCAAUUUCCAAUGCCAAAAGGAAGCAGCUUGGGUCAUCAUGAACAUCACCUCGGGUGGCACUUUCGAGCAGAUCGCUUUGUUGCAACGUUUGUUUGUUGGUGUCAUGGCUCCGCUGUGCGCUUUGUUAGAGGACGCGUAUGUUAGAGGACGCGUCCUCAAAGGAAGACAGCAAGACUAUCUCGGUCCUGUUGGAUGGCUUGGCUAAUAUUUUGGCCGCAGCCGAAACAAUGGGCGAUCUGGAGAAUGUUUCCCUUCACGCCGAAGAGUGUUAUGUCCUGGAUCGCAUCGAACUUUUGCAUAAUCUCCACGACGAUGAUAAGAUUUCUGACAAGGCCCUGGCCAUUCUGGAGAAGUACUUUCCAUUUGACGUGGAGGCGAGAAGACGUACGUGCACGUCUCACAUCCAUGGAGAAGAGACUGACGUAAAAUAUUCUUUUUUAUAGUUUCUUUUCGGUUUUAUUUCGGUGAUUACCGCAACUGUUCAUAUUCAGAGUGUUUGUGCUGACAGCUACACCAUAUUACUGAGAUAUUCAAACAUUAUUUUUAUUUUGAAA